GACUACGAAGCCGUGCCCUCGAGCAGUAGCCGGCAGCUGAGGGGAGCGGCUGGGACUGGACUAGGGGAGAAGGGUGGAGGAGCUCUGAGGAAAGUAGGGAAAACGACCCCCUGAGGAGAAGGAGAGACCCCCUGCGGAGAGAGAGAGGAAGAAGAGAGGGGGAAAGGGCCGAGGGGAAAGGAAGCCCCAGGAGAAAGGCAGAGGCUGGAUACCUCCAGCCUUACUCUCAGGAGCAGGUGUACCGAGUCUCCAAAUCCUUACUGCUGCUGGGACUGCGUCAAUGCCAGGAGUGCAGAACUUUUACAGCCGCUGCUCUGACUUCUCCUGCCUCUGCAGAUUUCUGGUAUACUUUCGCUGGAGGUUCUGGGUAGGUGAAAACCAGACUGACCCCAAUUUUGCCUUUUUAUAGCGGGUGGGACAAAAGUAGGAGCGGCCACGAGAUACAACUGGGAGACUUGUGGUCUCCUGUUUUAAGUGGGAAAGAAGUGUCCUCAGUUGCCAUGGAGACAAGCCAGGGGGAAAGAGAGACUGACUCAAGGGAGCCCAUUGAAAGUAUAUACCCUGGACCUUUGGUGUUUACCGGCUCUUCAGAAGAGGAUGUGGCUUUGGCCAAACAGUUCUGGGUUUCAGCAACCAUGAAUCCACAUCCCGAGUCUCAGUUGGUGUCAAGCGGCACCCAGCAGCGAUUGCCUGUAGCUCGAACUACUGGGCCCACUAUGGCUGAAAGAACUUUAAACACUGAGAAUUACAAAACUGAACAGCUCUUUGAAAAAAACAGAAAGGUUCAAGAAACUGAGAAAAAAGAAAGAUACCUCCAAAAGGAAAGAAAACCCUUAAGUGGAAAUGGCAGCAAGGUCCCAAGUGCAAACUUAACCACUUGAGUUCUUACAUAUCACCACAUGGAAACAGUCAUCAUAUGUUUUGGAAUGGGGAAUGAAACCAGCUCUGCCACCAGGUUUGUAGCCAUUCCACAAUUUCCAAGUGGAAAAGAAAGUAGAUGUGGAAUCAUCCCCUCUUUAAAGGUCUUCUGACUCAUUGGUUCUUGCUGCUAAGUAGCCAACAAGGAGAAGCUUUUUCAUCUCAAAGCUCAAGCUGAUUGUCAUGGGAGCUGGAGGAAGCCAGGGAUUUUCACCACCAUCCUCGGAGUAUUCAGAUUCCAUCUGGAUAUAGAACAGAAAGUCUAGAGUUGGCCCUGGAUGCAGUGGGAGACCUUGGCCUUUUUAAGGUAAGGUCUUCAACAGGUCUCAAUUUGAUUGAGACAAAGACUCCAAAGAGUGAUUAAGGAUAAGUAAGAAAUGAGGCAAAGAAAGGUCUCUUUUACCUAGUCAAAAAAAAAAAAAAAAAAAAAAAGUUUGGGGAGAAUACAUUCCUUUCUGAUCAAAAUGGAAAGAAUUUACAUUUACAUUUAUUCAGAGCCAAUCUGGACCCUAAACAAUGACCAAAUGGGAUUUGGCAUAGGACCUCUUAGUGGUCAGUUAAGAGUCAGAGUAAUUUUAAUUUAAGCCAGGUCUGAAAAUAUCAUGCAAGGUUUCAGAAAUCAAAAAAAUUACAUUCCUUUGGUCAGAAUGAUGAGGUGAAGUCUAGUUUUGGGGGCUCCCGGUAUGGGAACCAAAAAUAUGGGUUUAGGUUUGGAGGUUCCCUUUAGUAGAUAACCAAAUGAUAAGGUCUAGAUUUAGGGAACCAAAAUGAGAUUACAGUUUCUGGUGGUCAGGAAGUUAAAUGAUAAGAUCUAAUGGCAGAUUCAGGGUUCAGGGUUCAGGGAACCAAAUGGAGAGGUUUGGCUCCCCUGCACUCCCUUGGGAUUUGGCACAAAGGCAGGGAGUUUUAGGGAACCCCCUUCUGGCAGCAGAUGAGUCCCAAAUUGGCUCAUCUACUAGCUGGGUUUCAGCUCGAGCUGGAAUUUGUUGGAAUUCUAGAUAACAGAAUGAAACUGUUUUGUUUCCCUCGGGUGGAGUCCCUCGCUGAAGCAAGAGUUGUUGAAGAUUUUCUCCUUCAAGAAGUUUUUAGAAUUUUGGGGUCCCUUCUUCAAGAGCACCAGCAAGUAAGGAUAUGAAUACCUUGUGUGGACCUAGGGAAGGGAAGGGAAGAAAAAACAAAGCAAAAAAAGGGUAAUAUUGCCCAACUGCCAGUUCCAGCUAGGUCCCCAUUGGGGCAGCUCCUAUUUCUAAUCAUAGAGAUUGUUGUGUGAUGCCAGAGAAACUGAGGCAAAAUAGAGAUUAG